UAAAUAAUUUGAGCAAUUGAAGCAGUACGCUACAAAGAGAGUCAAAAUAAAGUUAAUACGGCGCGCGCAUGGGGUGCUGCAGUUACCCUAAAUGUAUAAGUUGGUAGCACAGCACUGAACCAGUGAGCCCGAGAGUGGUUGGAUUGCGGGGUGAGUCGUCGUUCGCGCUACGUCGAAGAGAGAACGUCGCGUUGGGGCGUCUCCUGCCGUCGCCACCGUCGAGCCGGACGUCAACUAGACAGAGAGAGAAUAGAGAGUGGUCGAGUUGACGGACCACCGCCUUUCCGUGCUGUGCUCUUCACCGUGUGUGUGCUGGUGAACGUGCUGGCCAUUGCAUUGAAUGAGUAGUUUCUUUAUCAUCCGUCACAAUGUCAAGUAUUUAAAUUAAUUUCCAUUUGUUUUCUUUCAAAUCAUCAUUUCCAUUAGCCUUUAUUUAGCAAUAUUUAUUCAAUAAAAAACUCCAAGUUGACGGAAAUAAAUGAUCAUUCGGAUGUUUAGCUUGCGAAAUAAAAUAUUUGUGAAGAUGUUAGAAUGUCUGGUGUAACUGAGAAUAGUCCUGAAGGAAUAUCAAGUGUCAGAGGUCCAAAAGCUGAUCAAAAUAAUAAGGUACAUCACAGGAACGGGAGGGCGGAGGUGUGUCUUAGUGCAACAUCACAACUAGUUAUUGGUGAACUGCGGCAAUGGAAGAUGUUGCCCAACGACAUCAUGAGGACUGCUGGUCCUUCUGCAACAUUAACCACUGCCAUGAACAACUUAAUAACCAUUGCUGAUGUUACUCGUGCCGUUGUUGUUGCUGGCGUUGCUCCGUACGUAACUACUGCCCUCGUCACUGCCCUGGCAGCCGUCGUUGCCUUCACUACAACCUGCAAAGUCAUUACUAGAAGCGUUUCCACGGCCUCGAUUACACGGGAAUGUUAGCCUGGAGAAAUACAUCAAAUCCUAGCGAUCGGCUCAUUGUUACGACUGAAGGAGAGUUGAACUACCGAACAACUUUUUCAUGAGACGCAUGAGCGUCGUGAGUGCUCAUUGAACGUCACAAAAGAGCCUAUCAACGACGAAAGUCAAAGGCUACACGAGUGUUGCCAGACAGUUUGUGAUAACCUACCACAAUGGAUUGUUCAUUUUUUAAGCAUAUACGAUGGCCGAUUCACGCGGCUUCAAACCAAUAAAUCAACUGUGGAGUGCGGCAGUUCAGGCGGAUGCGGAUUUGGAGUGUCUAUAUGAAGAGAUAUCAGGUGUUCCAGCGCCAGUAGAACCAGAACGUCGAAGUGUAGGUUCAGGAACGAGUAAUCGUGAGCGACCGAAGAGGACGAAUAGUCGUGAAGAGGAAGAAACAUUAAAACGUAGUGCAAGUACUGGUCGUCGUCCACGUGAAGAAGCAAAAGAGAAAAAACCGCCACAGGCGCAACCACGUCAUCAUCAUCCUCAUCAAUACACGCAGUCAGCAGCACCAGCGCACCUGCGUGAUCCUCUUAGCAGCAGGGUGGAGGAACACUAUGUCGCGCGAGGAUUUUAUGGGGAGUCUGUCGGCGCCCCAUUCGAGGCUUCUGCCUCUUUUAAGCUGACGAGCGGGCGAAUUCACGCCCAUUACCCUCACUUUCAUCACUACACCAGCAGUGUGCGGCGUCCUGGAUCAAGACCUGCACCUAGACAUCACUUUCCACGCGGUGUAUUCAGUGAUGAGACGCAGGAAGAAAUACAGGAGGACGAUGAAGCUACUCUCAGGGAGUUGCUCGUAAGUCUGCAGAAACAGGUCAGCGUGAUGAGUAUGAACUUGAGUGCCAAGCUGGAUGAGCUUCAGCAACGGGGUGACCGUCAGUUGGAGACGACGGUAGCUCUUUGUGAAAUACGAACACAGCUGCAGGAGCUUACUAAAAGCGUCGAGUCGUGUCAGAGCGAAGUCAGCGAAGUCAAACGAGACAUGGUUGCGAUAAAGCAUGAGCUAGACACUGUGCAGCAGGUGAAGGAGGAAAUUGAAGAAUUACGAGAAUACGUGGACAGACUAGAAGAGAAUACCCAUCGACGAAAACUUAGGCUUCUGGAGCAGGGGUUAACAUUCUUCUUAGCAUAUGCAAUUUUCGCUGCAGUGCUUGGAAUGUUACAAUUUGGCUACAAUACAGGAGUAAUAAAUGCACCUCAAGGGAAUAUUGCAAAUUUUAUGAAGGACGUUUAUAAAAACAGAUAUGGAAAAGAUAUGUCAGAGAGAGCUGUUGAUAGAUUGUACUCCAUAGCAGUUAGCAUAUUUGCAAUUGGUGGAAUGCUCGGUGGAUUCAGUGGAGGUAUCAUUGCCAACAGAUUUGGCAGAAAAGGGGGCUUGCUGUUGAACAACGUGCUGGGAAUCGUGGGAGCAUGUUUGAUGGGUUUCACAAAAGCAGCCUAUGCGUACGAGAUGCUGUUUCUGGGACGAUUUAUAAUCGGUAUCAAUUGCGGCUUAAAUACAUCGUUGGUUCCCAUGUACAUAUCGGAAAUAGCACCAUUAAAUCUGAGAGGUGGCUUGGGCACGGUGAACCAGCUCGCUGUUACGGUGGGCCUCCUGAUCUCCCAGGUGCUGGGCAUCGAGCAGAUCCUCGGUACGAAUGAUCGCUGGCCUGUUCUAUUGGGUUUAGCUAUCAUCCCAGCUAUAGCCCAGCUGCUGCUGUUACCAAUUUGUCCAGAAUCCCCAAGAUAUUUACUUAUUACAAAGCAGUGGGAAGAGGAAGCUCGUAGGGCCUUAAGAAGAUUGAGAGCUAGUAAUCAGGUAGAAGAGGACAUAGAGGAAAUGAGAGCGGAAGAACGAGCUCAACAGGCUGAGUCGACGAUUUCAAUGGGUGAACUUGUAUGUAGUCCAACCUUGAGGGCUCCUCUUGUUAUUGGUGUGGUUAUGCAACUCUCACAGCAACUUUCAGGCAUCAAUGCAGUAUUUUACUACUCAACAAAUCUAUUCCAAAGUGCCGGAUUAUCACAAGAGAGUGCCAAGUAUGCUACAAUUGGUAUCGGUACAAUAAUGGUUGCUAUGACAUUAAUAUCAAUUCCCUUGAUGGACCGAACAGGAAGAAGGACUCUUCAUCUAUGGGGUCUCGGUGGAAUGUUCAUAUUCUCCAUAUUCAUCACAAUUUCGUUUCUCAUAAAGGAGUUUUUCAAUUACGUACAGGAAAUGAUUGAUUGGAUGUCUUACCUCUCAGUCGUGGCGACAUUGAGUUUCGUGGUAUUCUUUGCUGUGGGUCCAGGCUCAAUACCUUGGAUGAUCACGGCUGAAUUAUUUUCCCAAGGUCCACGACCAGCUGCCAUGUCGAUUGCAGUCCUUGUUAAUUGGUUAGCUAACUUCGUUGUUGGAAUUGGUUUUCCGAGUAUGAUGAGUUGCCUUGAUAACUAUACAUUCCUGCCAUUCAGUGCAUUCCUAGCGAUUUUCUGGAUCUUCACAUACAAAAAGGUGCCAGAGACGAAGAAUAAAACCUUUGAGGAGAUCUUAGUUCUAUUCAGGCAUAGUCAUGACAGGAGCAGCUUGCGAGACAGCCGACUUUAUGGGAGCAUGCUAAACUGUACGAAUGCGUUAGAGGGACACAUACCACCAGCCGAGAGUGCAGCCCUGAUGGUUGCCGAGGAGAAGCCACAUCCUGAUUCAUUUGUGUUUGCAGCUGGAUCAGAACGCUCUUCCAUCGCUCCCGCUCAACCGGAGAGGGCACCGCCCCCGCUUCCCCCGCCACGCUUUCCGAACAGCGGUGUCUGACAAUGGGAAACUCCUCUUAAUAUUGGGAACUUCAUAAUAAUGAGUACACCAAUCCCAUUGCUAUUGAGUACAAAUAGCCUCACGUUGGAGAAUCAUCUCUAUGAAAUAAUAACGCAGCGUGGCAAAGCCUGCGCUACUUUCUUAAGAAAUAGUAUUCGUCGUGCUACUAAUGCAACUAAUAUCCACUGGAAUCAAGACUUGCAGCAGGAAGUUGAUAGAAGGCGACCAAGUAUCAGUUCUUAAAUAGGAAAUGAGCUUCAACUUUUCUUCCACUCUUCCAUCAUAAGAAGAUACAUUUUAAAUCUCUCCAAGAGUGUUCAAGUUUAUAUAAAACGUUGAUUAAAUUCAUCAAAAAUAAUUCAGUCUGUGAAGCUCGUAUCACUGAAGUAAAUAAAAAUUGACAAUUAAAUUUUAUCCUAUGUAAGAGUUAAAUAAUAGUGAAUUAAUUGAUGAGUGCAGGAUUCAAUUCCUACCAAGACUCGUGAUUAUCAGUGAACUCGUAGAUAAAUGUGUUAUAAAGACUGGUGAAGGGUUAGUGUGAUUUUGUGGGUGUAACGGAAGGUUUUCAAGUAUGUUAGAGAGUGGUUAAAGGAUUGAAAGAAAAUUGCUCAUAUAUUCAUAUAAUCACGGUUAUAUGAUAUAAUAAUAAUGAAAUAUAAAUCUGUUCUAACUGAUUUCAUUCAUUCGUGUUAAUAAUUUUUACAAGUUGAAUGAAGAACAAAAAAUGUAUGCUGAGGCUUUGAUUAAUUAACAUCAACGACUGGUAAACCUUCCAUUAUAUGUACAUAAUUGUAUAUAAUUGUAUACUUAAUUUUAAUUGAAUAUUGCCAUACCCAAACACACUGUCGUAGUAAUGAUGUGUAUAAAUGUACUAUAUUACUCAAUGGCAUAGCAAAAAUUCAUUCAACUUGAUAUUGCCAUUUGUUAGGUUUUGAAAUUGAUUAAAUAUACAAUUGGAUAUAAAUUCAGUUAUAGAAAGUGUUUUUAAAUAUUUGUGAAUUGAUUGUAAUUUAUGUGAUAAAUUUUAUCUUCAUUAGUGAGAGUUGAUCUUUAUAAAAGGUCAUAAUACUAUUGAAUGUUUUUAAUGAAACUUUAAAAAAAAAAUCUCUAUCAACAGUAUUAAUAUGUUAUUAAUAAUUUAGGAUAAAAAUUAUGCGUAAUAAUAUUGAUUAAAAUAUUGGAAAUGGAAUUUAAUAUAAGUAGAGAGAUAAAUAUUUAAAAAUGUCAUAUCAAUAACCAAAGGGUAAUAUAGUACAGUUUUAUUGAUUUGAAUGUCAAUUUCGAUGCACUUUGACAUUCUUGUAUUUAUGUACUCGAGAUACUAAGGAUCGAUAGAGGAAUGAAGAUUUUAUUUAGAAACUGAUAUUUCUUAUUAUCUUUAUGAUCAGAAAAUACAUAAGAUGUAUUAAAAGUCUAUUAAUUAAUUAUUUUAAAUUUUAUUAAAUAAUUAAUUAAACCAGUUAAAUGAUGAGUUACUGAUAUACAUA